UCGGCGCGGCGCUGUACGGCUGUCGUGCUUCCCGUAUCCGCAAGCAUGGAGGCCGACGAGUCGGAAAAGGAGGCUGAAGGAUUAGAGGAGGACGCCGUGGAUCAGGAACCCCUGGAAGGGACAGACCAGAAGCCAGAGGUGGAGGAGGAUCCGGAGGAAUCCGAAGAGGCGGCUUGCAGCGGCAAGAAGCGGGUCGUGCCCGGUAUUGUGUACCUGGGCCAUCUCCCGCCUCGCUUUCGGCCUCUGCACGUACGGAACCUUCUCAGCGCCUACGGCGAGGUCGGACGCGUUUUUUUCCAGCCGGAGGAUGGCUUCGUGAGGCGGAAGAAGAAGGCAGCGGCAGCCGCGGGUGGCAAAAAACGAUCCAAGUACAGCAAGGACUACACCGAGGGCUGGGUGGAGUUCCGGGACAAGCGGGUAGCCAAGAGAGUUGCGGCCAGUCUGCACAACACACCCAUGGGCUCCCGCAGGCGCAGCCCCUUCCGUUAUGACCUGUGGAACCUCAAGUACCUGCACCGGUUUACAUGGUCCCACCUCAGUGAGCAUCUUGCCUUUGAGCGCCAAGUACGCAGGCAGCGCCUGAGGGCUGAGGUUGCCCAGGCCAAACGUGAGACUGACUUUUAUCUUCGAAGUGUGGAGCGUGGAAAGCGCUUCCUUGCUUCUGAUGGGGACUCUACCCGCCCGAAUGGCUCUUGGGCAUUUGCCCAGCGUCCAACUGAGCAGGAACUGAGGGCCCGGAAGGCAUCUCGACCAGGGGGACGUGAACGGGCUAAGCUGGCCAAUGUCCAGGAGCAGGCCCGCUCCAACAGAGGUCUUCUUGCCAGGAUCUUUGGAGCCCCACCACCCUCGGAGAAAGUAGAUAAACCCUCACUGGUCGAAGACUCUUGAGGGUUAGGGAGGCUUCUUCCUUCUAAACCGGCCCUACUUCCUUUCUACUUGAUGAUGUCUAUAUAGACACACUAUCCAGUCUGUUUCUCAGACCGGGAGACUUUGAUGAGUACCCAGACAUAGAACUUUGUGGAUCUUUCCUCUUCAGCUCCUAAGCAUGCCUAACUGAGGCACCUAAUUCGUACUAUGAUUAUGACUACCAUGGAUCCAGUUUUGUCUUAUUUGAUUCUUGACUGCCUGCCUCCUACCCAGUGGGGCUCUCUAAAAAUCCCACUUCUUGGUCCCAGGAAGAGCCUUUAGUUCAAGCUAGAGUGAUAAUGGCUAGUCCAGACAACAAUUGACCAAUCACGGGUAAAAGCAGCAGCACAUCCUUUUUAUUUAGAAAAGAUUUAAUAGGGACAGGGACUCAUAGCAAGGUCUGGGUUAGGAACCAUCUUCCAAAUGUAUGUAUAGAAAGAAAAAAAACUAAUUUUUUAAAUACUUUUUGCAGUUUUGUUAAUAGAGAUUGUGGGGGCAGGGGAGGCUGUUGAAUAACUUUCUCAACACCUAUCUCCUUGUGUCUCAUUCAUCAUCUUCCUUUCAUCUCUUAGUCUUAGAGGUCCCCUCUAUCCCCCAUUCAACAUGUACUCUUUCUAAAUUUCUUGGCCCAUUUUAUCAAUCAGUAUUUACCAAAUUUCUAUAUGAGGACAGCGUGAAAGUAGAUAAUGUCACAUGGCCCUUGGCAUUAAGAGUCUUAAGACUGCUAAAACAAGACAUUAAAAAUAAGUACAUAGUUUCAGAGAUGAGUCCAUUUUCAUCAAUUUUUGCAGAUCAUUCCUAAAGUCUCAAAGAGCCUGGGGGUUUCUUAAAAUUGCGAAUAGAGUUCCAUGGACAGGGUGUUGGCUUCAAACCACUGUGAAGGGGUAAACAGAUAGAGGAACUGAAAGCAGAUGUCAGAAUGAGUAUACACAACUUCAGAGAUUAAAACUCCUGUCAAUAUCCAGGUUGUUAAAUUUACAUGAAGUGGUGGAAUGGUAAUUUGGAUUUUUUUUUUGCACUUUGUUUUUUUUCUUCAUUGUCAGUAUAAAUAGCCAUGUAUUCUUUCUGAUGAAGUGGAUUCACCCACAUCUUUGACUCUAACCUUGUUAGCAUCUUGCUGGAGAAGAUGCUAACAUAUUAUUUAGGAGAGGAAAAAUGCCCUGUAAAAAUUAUAUUGUGCCUGGUGUAACGUUUUCCACAAUCCAUAUAUCUCUCACAUCUAGCACCCAAAUAUUUCCUUGGUAAUUUAUUCCCUCAUCUUAGGAACUUUCUACCUUUGUUUCUGUGUUUACUUCUUUUGAGUGUUUCACUAGAUUGUUUCUUCAGGCCACAUCUUCCAUGUAAACCAGAAAAAUCCACUGUCAGAAUUUGACAAGCUGUUGUAUUCAUUUAUUCAGAAUUUUAAGUGCCUUUUCCCCACCUUUGCUAGAUAAAUACUAGGAUCAAGAAGCUUCCCACCCCCUCACCCCAUGCCAGGUGCUAACAGCUAGAAAGUAAAACAUAGGACUAAUUAUUUCUUGAGUGGAUGUCAGAAAUUGUGUUUCCAGGUCAGCUGGUGUUAGGUGUUUAGAGAGCUCACACUUGCAGCCAGGUCAACUGAGUUAGUCACAGUGAGGAAUGAAAAAAGUGAAAGGAAGAAAAUGGGCUUCCUAGAACUCACUUUUAUUCCCUCUAGAAUUUAGGCCCUUUGAGGGCAGGAAAUUGCUUUUCACUCAGAAUUUUGCUUCCAUAUGAGCGCACUUAGUUUUCCUACGUGAAUUAACUCAUUUAAUAUACAGCCAUGCAAUAUCGUAUUAUUCCACCUGCCAUUAAAACCAUGCUCAAGGUUAUGACACAAUUUGACACUUAGUACAUAGGCCCAGGUUUUUCUUCCCAGUGUAUAUCUGAUAAAUGCUGAUUGCUUGAAACUCAUGAGUGAAAAGUCACUGCAAAUUGAAUAGAUUUAUCUAGUGCCAAGAAUAGCAAAUUGGGUGAUUUAAAUCUCAAACCUCUCCUAUAUAAUCAGACUUGGUUAUGAACCUGUUGCAGUGAACACAGAAUUUAUCUAGUUCUUCUAAUAGAGAAGCUGGGACUGCCUUUGCUGGAAAGAGUAAAUCAGUAGAAGGAACACACUGAAUCCUUCUAAAGAGGGGAUUUUAAUAGGUGUGACCAGCUCAUGGUGAACUAAUUCCCAUACACAUCCAAAAGUCAGAUUUAGAGCACUCUUCCUCGAGUCCUGUCCCUAGAGGUGGUUCUCUUAGUAGAGUUUCAAGGGAGAAACUUUGUGUAAGCAUUUAUGUAGCCAGUUGUUUGAGGUCCAGUGUUAAUCUGUCCUGCGCAACUUGAGCCUGGCAUCUGAUUUGCAAGAGAUGCGGUCAUUUUCUUCCUCUUGGGUCAGUUGUGUCCAAAACCCCUACUGCCGCACAAAGUUGUAUCUGAGACGCCCAGUAAUACGAAUGGAAUGGAAAGAAAAGGGUAAAGUGGUUCUAGUCUCUUAAUUUUUUAUAAUAUAAACAUCCUGAAGACUCCCCUGUACAUCAGUAUAAAGUGCCCCUCACCUCCUCACACUCAGGCAUCAGGGCCUUAAGAAGGGCGCAGGAUUUACAAAAGACCUACACAACACCCCAAGAGGAGGGGCCAGGACUGGCCUGGAAACUCAUCAGAGGGUGAAAGGGGCGGGAAGGACAGGAAGAGGUUCUUGAGAAGCCUGACUUCUCACUGGCGAAAAGCAGCUUCUAUGAAUAGCAGCUUCCUGGUGCCGUGGGCCCCAGCAUCAGAAGAACCCGCAGCAUCCAAAGGCUCCUGAGAAUAACCAUGGAACCCACUCGAGUCACCACCCACUCCCCUCCCCUACCUGCAGCUUCACAACCUAGGAUAUGUCAGGCCAGAAAUCACCUGUUCUCAGCCUCACUCCCCUUUGGAAUUGUAUGUUUCUGGCUUAUUUUUAAGAUUGAUUUAUUUAUGCAUACAAGAGCUGGGGUGCAGGCCGCAGAUGCAGGAGGUAAGAAGAUUCUCUAGAGACAGUGAGGAGCAGAACAGGCAGACUUACUAAAAUACACUGCUGAGGGGAGCAGCAGGCAAGACAGGAGAGCUCUGCUGCGCCAUGUGUCACCUCUCUGGCCCAGGGUUGAACUGGUGCUGCUGCAGUGGCUACAGAUAGCUUCAUACUGCUGCAUCUCAACCCUUUGCACCACCAGGGAGGCUCAUGGUUCUGGUUUAAACUCAAUACCACUUAGGAAUAGCUAAUUCCAACAUAAAGGUUCUCAGCAGAAAAAAACUAUUCUAGAGCAAUAUGCUAAAACACCUCCCUUGCAUUAAAUUAAAAAAAAGAAAGUGCACUUUGGGACAUUUUCCAUGCACAUAGAAAUAGGGCAAUAGAUGGUGAAGCCAUCGGAUGCCUUUUGGUGGGCACAGUAGUGCCAUUUGAUGCUAUACAAUCUUUCAAACCAGUGCCUGGAAUUUCACUGUGUGAUCACACUGAACUUGUGAUCACAGUUCACUGUGUAACUUGUUUUAACCUCUUGCUAACAUGAGUGAAUGGUUUCCAAAUACUGCCAUAGAAAUGCUGUAAAUAACGUAUUGUAUAUAUAUAUUAAUGUGGAUGAUGUGAGUGUGUCUGCAAGAUAGAACUUGAGGUUGGACUUGGCCAAGUGGAAUUUGCAUUAUAAUUAUUAAUAGAAAUUGUAAAUUGUCUUUCACAUAGGUUGAAAUAAGGGCAUAGGGCAGGGAGCUUUUUCCAGUUUUGCCAACAGUAAUUAGUGUUUUCUACCUCCUUCCCUGUCAUUCAGUAUUUUCAGUGAAUGCCUUAGUAGUUUUUACCCACCAUUCAGCGUUCCAUUUCCCCUGAGUAAAGGUGGACUCUAUGGGGUCUGCAGCCUCUAACAUGGCACAUGGGGUAACCAUGUCCAGUUAUGAUGGGGUGCAGAAGGAUGCCCUAAGCACAAAACAACUAAGGAAUUCACAGGAAAAAAAACAAUCUAGUUGAAAAAUAUAAUUUUAAGAAAAUAAAUACCUUUAGCUAAAAAUAGCUUUUGUAUGUCAUUAUUUCUCAAUUUUCUUUAGAACGCAUAGAUUUACAGAAAAACUGUGACUGAUACUAAAAGAGUUCCCACUUAAUUUGGAUCAAAUUUCCUCUCCUAGCAUAGUACAUUACUAUGAUACAUCCAUGCAUGUACACACACAGACACACAAAUCCACAACAUUAUACAAACAAAGCUGGUUGGUCUACUCUUGGCUAAGAAUUCAGGGAUCGCUGAAAGAUCCAGUGUCCCUCAAGCCAGGGAUGCUGAUCUGCAGGCUCUACCUACCCUUACUCUGGGCAAAGUACUUGGACCACGAUGGGGGAUUCAGCUGCUUCUGACUUGGAAUCGUGAAUACGCUGCUAGAAAUAUUCAGUACACAUUUUGUGAGGACAGAAGUUUUAAAUUCAUCUGGGUAAAUGCUAAGGAGCAGGAUGGUUGCAUCAUAUGUUAACAUUUUUGGCUUUAUAAGGAAUAGCCAAACUUCCAAAGAGUCUGUUCCAUUUUGCACUCCCAUAAUAUGACACAAGGAUAGAAUUAGAUGGAAAUCAAGCAGAAUGAACCUAUAUACAGCAAGCUUGAAGAUUUAAAUGUGUGGGUAUAUUACUUUAUAUUGAGAAAGAAACCUUUAAAAACCAGUGUAUGUUCCAGCAAAAUUUCUGUGAUGUACUAAUUUACUGCUUUAAGAAAACACUGUAAUGCACACUGUUCUAUAGCCAUGAGAAUGCCACCUUUCAGAAUCAUUUACUAGUGGUGUUACUUUAGGGUCAUCUAGAAACUGCAAAAGAGAAUAGAGGGAAACAGCUACCUGUGGGUAGAGCAAUCUCUGUUUAAAUGAGUCAUUUGUGAAGAUUUAUAGUCAAGACAACAAUUUAGGUAUUUCAACCUGGUGGUCCACAAGCCUACUCAGACCCAUAGGUUGGUUGAAUGUUCUGGCUGUCAAUUAGGUACCAGUAUCUCCACAUUUCUUUGAGACACCGAGUUAGUAGUCUGCAAAGGUGAUAAUAAUUUACAUUAAAAUUUACAAAGAAACCAAAGUAUUUUAAAACAUCGUUUCUUAUUGCUGCAGUUAUGACUUUUGGUGUAUAUGUUUUAGGAAGCAACUUAAAAUAAGCAGCCUAAAGAAUAACUUAAUGGUGAUAAUUCCUCUCAACAUGGUUCACAACUCAACAAAACACGUCAUCUCUACCUUAUAAGCAAAUAUUGUCAUUUAUUACUUAGUCUAAAUACUUCUAAUAAGCAGUGUAAGGGGCAGGACUGGACACGGUGCAGGUUCUCUGAUCCCAUGCAGACCGGGUAAAGGAGGAGUCAGAGUCCUCAGUAGUUUUGCAGGUUUUUUAUUUGGGGUUCACCGGGCAUAUGGCA